AUGGCGUGGCACGCUUACGACUACCUCUUUGCGCUCAGCAUGAUCUUUGCAUUUCUUGACGCAUAUGGAAUUGGCGCCAACGAUGUCGCCAAUUCGUGGGCCACCAGCGUGUCCUCGCGUAGUGUGACCUUCAAACAGGCCAUGCUCGGCGCCGCCAUCUGCGAGUUCCUCGGCGCGGUCCUCGUCGGCGCGCGCGUGACGAGCACCAUCAAGAACGGUGUCAUUGACCUGAAGUCGUUCAAUGGCGACGCGGGAGUCACUUUGCUCGCAUUCACCUGUGUUAUCAUUGGCGCCAGCGCCUGGAUGACGGUCGCGACGCGCAUGGCCAUGCCCGUCUCCACCACGCACACCGUCGUCGGCUCGCUCAUCGGCGUCGGUAUCGCCGUCCGUGGCAACGGUAGCGGCGUUAAGUGGGGCUGGAACGGCGUCGCACAGAUUUUCGCCUCCUGGGGAAUCGCACCCGUCGUUUCGGGUGGCUUUGCAGCCAUCAUCUUUCUCGUCACAAAGUUCCUCGUCUUGCGCAGCAAGAACCCCGUUCAACGCGGCCUGAUCCUCUCCCCGGUCUACUUUUUCAUCGUUGCUGCUGUUCUCACGACAGCCAUCAUCGUUAAAGGCUCGCCAUCGCUCAAUCUGAGCGAGCUGCCAACGGGAACGACCAUAGGCGCCAUCUUCGGCACUGCCAGCGUUGUCAGCUUGCUCUCCAUCCUCUUUUGGCUUCCCUGGGUGCACUGCCAAGUCGUGCGCGGCGACUACACCAUCCGCUGGUACCACAUCUUCCUCGGUCCGCUCCUGUGGCGCCGCCAGCCCCCUGCGGAUGCCUUCACCUCGGAACAGACGCGUGCCGUCAGGGACUACUACGAGGGUCACCACGACGAGGACCAUGUCCGUACCAGCAUGCAAGCGUUGGACGACGUCGAGCGUAGCGAGAACAACUCCAUAAACGAGAAACAGAAAUACGUCGCCGAUAAUUUCGUCGAGGGGCAGCAGCCGCAACCGGAGCCCGGCAAGGAAGCCACUCAGCAGAGCGCCGUUCCCGCUUCACCUCAACGACCUUUCAAGUCCAAACUUGCCGCCCUCGAAGCCAAGCUCUCGCGCCCAGCAAACGACACGCUCCCCAACGGACGCCCUCGCCCACCUGACUACAAGAGCUUUGAGGGCUCCUGGCUUGAGCCAUGGAACCUGUACACGGUGCUCCGGUACAAUGCACUCCCAUGGGUAUGGUACACGCUUACCGCUGGCAUCCGCACCGACGUGCACAAGAUGCAGAUGCACGGCUCCAGCAAGGAAGUCACGCGUCUACGUGGUAUCCAUUCGCAUGCGGCACACUACGACAACAACGCCGAGCAUCUCUACUCGUUCCUUCAAGUCAUGACCGCAUGUACUGCCUCGUUUGCGCACGGCGCCAACGAUGUUUCCAACGCCAUCGGCCCGCUCUCGGUCGUCUACUCGAUCUGGUCCUCUGCUGCAUUCCCUGGGUCCAAGGAGCCGGUGCCCGUCUGGAUCCUUGCAUACGGCGGCGCGGCGAUUGUCAUUGGGCUCAGCACGUACGGUUGGAAGCUGAUGAGCGUCCUCGGAAAUCGCCUGACGUUGCACUCGCCCUCGCGCGGUUUCUCCAUGGAGCUUGGCGCGAGCUGCACCGUCGUCAUCGCCAGCUACCUCGGCCUCCCCGUAUCGACGACGCAGAGCAUCACAGGCGCCACAAUCGCCGUCGCGCUAUGCAACGGUGACUGGCGUAGCGUCAACUGGAAAGGGUUCGCCUGGAUCUUCUUUGUGAGUCAUAGUAUCGCGGACUAA